AUGGUUCGCGUCUCUGUUCUUAACGACUGCUUGAACAACAUCGUCAACGCGGAGCGCCGAGGCAAGCGCCAGGUCCUUAUCCGUCCUUCGUCAAAGGUCAUCGUUAAGUUCCUUACUGUCAUGCAGCGCCAUGGCUACAUUGGCGAGUUCGAGAUUGUUGAUGAUCACCGUUCGGGCAAGAUCGUGAUCCAGCUGAACGGUCGCCUGAACAAGACCGGCGUUAUCUCCCCGCGCUACAACGUCCAGGUCAACCAAAUUGAGACUUGGGUCAACUUGCUUCUUCCCGCUCGUGGUUUCGGUAUCAUUAUCCUCACGACCUCGUCGGGUAUCCUCGACCACGAGGAGGCGCGUCGCAAGAACGUUGGUGGCAAGCUUUUGGGCUAUGUUUACUAG